CUGGAAUCUGCAACUCACCCAGCUGGCAGUGUGCUGCGCCGCUACCGCACUAGUGUGUUGGGUGAGCUAGCACCGCCCAGCGCCGCGCGCAGUGUGUAGUCUCAUCGCGGAGGAUUCGAGGGGCUCCGCGGCGGAGAGCCGGUGGCAGCAGGGCGACGACGCCGUGCGGAGGAUCGCGCGCAGCUGGUCCACUCGAGACAGCACAAGGCGCGCGGAAGCGCUGGUCGCUGCUCCACGCGGGGCUCGUUCGGGCUUGGUGGUCGCCUGCCGCAUCCCGCGCGUCGCCGUCUGUUCCGCUUCCACCCUCGCCGCGCCCCCCGUCUCGCCCCUCCCCCUCGCGCAUCAUCUCGCCCGCGCCCUCGCCACAGGUUCGCCGCGCUCUUACCGCUUGGCGCCGUCAGCUCCAGUGCUGACGUCAUGGGUGACGUGGCGACGCAGGUGGAGGACUUCGCGACGCGGCUGAAGCGCCGGCAGGUGGAGGGGGGGCUGCACAGGACGGCGCGGCGCACGGCGGAGCUGCUGCGCCUGGUGGUGUCGCAGCAGCGCAUGCCCGCCCACCACCACGCCGCCGCGCUGCUCGACGCUGUCAGAGCAGUCGGCUCGCGCCUCACCGCCGCCAACCCCUCAGAGCUGGUGGUGGGCAACGUGGUGCGCCGGGUGAUGCACGCCAUCCGCGAGGAGGACGCCGCGCUGCACCUCGCCCACACACAUGACCCCGCGGCCGCCGCCCUGAGAGGCGCAGCGGGCGUGGGGGCGGAGCGGUGGGGGGAGGAGGGCGAGGGCGAGGGCGAGGGGCGCCUGGGGGGAGGGGGAGGCGGGGCGGGGGCGUCGGCGGCAUCGGUGGCGGGGAGCAACCGCAUUGCUCUGCUGGCGCCGUCGCUGCACAACCUGCUGGACCCCGCGCUGCUGCCCGCCACGCCCCCCUCCGCCUCCUCCUCCGCGGGGACCCUCCCCUCCUCCGCCCGCUCCUCCGACGGUGCCUCUGCCCCGUCGGUCUCUGCUGCCGCCACUGCCGCUGCUGCUGAGCGGCGGCUGAAGCACGUGGUGAUCGAGCGCAUCAACGACCUGCUGGAGGAGAUUGACAACUGCCAGUCGCAGGUCGCCGACCAGGCGCUCGAACACAUCCACCAGAACGAGGUAAUUCUGACCAUGGGGUCGUCCGACACGCUCCUGCUCUUCCUGCUCGAAGCCAAGAAGCGUCGAUCCUUCCACGUGGUGGUGGCGGAGGGCGCCCCGUGCUUCAGCGGCCACAAGCUGGCGGCAUCUCUGGCGGCGCGCGGCGUGGCGGUGACGGUGAUAGCGGACGCGGCGGUGUUUGCGCUGAUGGCGCGCGUCAACCUCGUGCUCGUCGCCGCGCAUGCCGUCAUGGCCAACGGCGGGGUGCUGGCGCCCAUUGGGCUGGACAUGGUGGCUCUCGCUGCUCGCCGCCACGCCGUGCCCUUCGUUGUCCUCGCUGGCAUCUUCGCUAUCUGCCCGCUGUACCCGCAGCAGGCGGGGCUGGGCAACCUGAAUGACAUGCGCUCGCCAGCAGGCGUGGUGGACCUGGCAGAGCUGGCGGAGUGGGAGGGGCUGGCGCACCUGGGGGCUGCUGUGGUGGCACAGGGGCAAGGGGAACGAGGCAAGGAGGGCGGGGAGGCGGAGGUGGCGAGGCGAGUUGCUGAGGUGGAUGUGGUGAACCCGUCGUUUGACUACAUCCCUCCCGAGCUCGUCACUCUGCUCGUCACCGACACCGGCGGCCACAACCCCUCUUACAUCUACCGCCUCGUUGCGGAGUACUACAGCCCGCACGACCACAACCUCUAGCAUCCACUAGAUUCGUUUUAGGCCACACUGAUUUAUUAGUGGUGUUGAUGUCAACAUAUAAUUGUAUAGUAUGUUACAGGCUAGGUAGGUGCAUGCUCAUAGAGAGUACAACACCUUAGUCAUUCGUUACUCUGAUAUGGUACCGUAAUCCCCCGGAUAUAGGCGCAUAUGUGCUUAUAGGGAUUAGGUUCAGAAAGCAGCAUGCGCUUGUAAUCGAAUAAAAAAUAUAAGCCCAU